GGAGCCGGUUGAUGCAUAUGCCUUCAACAAACAGCCUGGGCUGGGGUGUUGGUCGGCGUGCUGCACUGGUGAAAUGUGUAGCUGGUCCUCCUCUCCGAGCGUUGAGGUACUGCAGAACCAGCUUGGCAGCUGGUGGGCAGUGAGAGUGAAUCAUUGUGUUCAGGAGUUCAUCACCAAACAUCCAAGAGAUUUUAACUGGAUUGGACUGAGUGACUCAGAAACAGAGGGCACCUGGCUCUGGGUGGAUGGAAGCCCCCUGCAGAGAGGGUUCUGGAGGAACGGACAGCCGGACGACCAUUUCUGGUUUGACAGUCGCACGCAGUACCAGGACGCAGACUGUGUGGUGACUGUGCCCGGUGAGAGUGCAUGGAUGGACACGCACUGCUACUCGUACCGCAGGUUCAUCUGCGAGACUGACGCUCUGCUGCUUUAAAACGCCACUUCCUUUGAUGCCAAGUGGGAAAUCUGGGAAAUUUUGUUCAAGAACAUAUGUAAUCAUUUUCCUUAUUUUCCAAAGAUGCUGAAAAUAUCAAAACAUUAUGACCAGGCCAGAACUGUACCUAUGUUUGAGAGGUGAGGCCUUAAAGGGAACAAAACAGAGACUGGCAUAGAGACACAGAAUCCAUUUCCAUGUUGUGAAAUAGUGUUGUGUGAAAUACUGUGAUAUAGAUUUGUGCUUCCCAAAUGCAUGCACAUGUUUGCAUUGAGACACUCUUAUCCAGACAAUCUUACACAGAUUGCAUUUUUACACACAAUCCUUUAAUACAACUGGCUAAUUUGACCAAAGUAAUUCAGUUGGAGUGCUUUUCUUAAUAGUACAACGGCAGCACUGCAAAACAUUUGGGUUAACUGCCAGGCUCCCAGACCAUUGGACUCCAAUCUAACCCUCCAAUCAGGGGCCCCAGCUACACUACAGCCCUCCAAUCAGGGGCCCCAGCUACACUACAGCCCUCCAAUCAGACGCCCCACCGAUGUUCUCACUUACUGGACAUGUUUGUAAUGAUCCCUCACUGAAUCCUGGACUGAUAAAAAUUUGUAGAAGUUAAUCAUAAUCAUAAAAAUGAUUUUUAAAAGUUUAGUCUAUUAAAAACAACCAGCUUUUAAAUGUUGUUUUAUUUUCAUAAUUUAAAUAUGUGUCCUGAUUUUGGAAUAAUAAAGUAAUAUAAAUAAA